AUGUCCCGCCGCGCCGCCGUCCGAUUAAUCUCACUUCCCGGCGCCUUCUCGUCCUCCGAGCACGCGGGGGACGAUUUAUUCAAGGCGACUUGGAGGCUGAUUGUGCCCGACCUGGGCCCACCCAAAACUCCUUUGGCCAUUAUGCAGCCACGGCCUUCCACGGAUCCAGACCUCACAGUCAACAUCGUUUCCACAUAUUCCCCGGUGAUAUCCAAUAGACAGUGUUAUCCCAUUCAGCAUCGAGGAUACUAUUGUAGUACUGAAGUGCCACUUUCGUCUCAAAUUGCCUAUCAUGUCCGCCUUGGAGACAUCAAGUCCGCAAGAGAAUUGUUUGACCGGACCCCAUACAAAGAUGUCGCAUCAUGGAACUCUAUAAUUUCUGGGUACUUGCAGAGCAGUAAGCCCAACGAAGCCCAGAUCCUAUUCAAUGCAAUGCCCGAGAGAAAUAUUGUUUCCUGGAAUGGAUUAAUUUCCGGGUACAUAAAGAAUGGGAUGAUUCAGAAAGCUCGAGAAGUGUUUGACACGAUGCCCGAGAGGAAUGUCAUAUCCUGGACUGCCAUGGUCCGAGGCUACGUGGAGGAGGGAAUGAUUCUGGAGGCCGAGACUCUGUUUUGGAUUAUGCCCGAGAAGAAUGUCAUAUCUUGGACCAUCAUGUUGGGCGGGCUGCUACAUGAAGGCAGGAUUGAAGACGCAAGGAAACUUUACGACCAGAUGCCUGUGAAGGAUGUCGUUGCAAGGACUAGCUUGAUUGGUGGACUAUGCUCCAAGGGCCUGUUGGAGGAGGCACGUGAGAUUUUUGAUAGCAUGCAGAAUAAGAAUGUGGUUUCCUGGACAACCAUGAUCUCAGGUUAUGCACAGAAUGGAAAGGUUGAUCUUGCAAGGAAACUCUUUCAGGUCAUGCCUGAAAGAAAUGAGGUUACUUGGACGGCAAUGCUUACGGGUUAUGUUCAGUGUCGGAGGAUUGAGGACGCGUGGGAACUUUUCCAGGCUAUGCCAACUAAACCGGUUGUUGCUUGCAAUGCAAUGAUUGUUGCGUUGGGUGAGAAUGGAGAUGUCUCAAAAGCGAGGGAAAUUUUCAACUUGAUGAAGGAUAGAGACGACGGGACAUGGGGUGCCAUGUUAAAAACUUAUGAGCGGAAAGGGUACGAACUGGAGGCCCUUAAUUUGUUUCGUAUCAUGCAGAGAGAGGGAGUUAGACCCCAUUUCCCCUGUUUGAUCAGCAUUCUUUCAGUUUGUGCAAGUCUUGCCUCUCUGGAUUACGGCAGGCAGGUUCACGCUAAAUUGAUGAGGUGUGAGUUUGAUGACGACGUGUACUUGUCAUCCGUUAUGAUCACCAUGUACAUGAAAUGUGGUGAAGUUUUCAAGGCCAGGACAGUUUUCGAUAUAUGCUCGUGCAAGGAUAUAGUGAUGUGGAACUCAAUCGUCUCUGGCUAUGCUCAGCAUGGUCUUGGAGACGAAGCUUUACAAGUGUUUAGAGAUAUUUCCUCAUCGGGACUUCAACCAGAUGAAGUUACGUUCAUCGGAGUCCUCUCAGCCUGCAGUUACAGUGGAAAGGUUGAAGAAGGUAAGGAAAUAUUUGAGUCCAUGAAGUCAAAAUACAUGAUUGAACCAAUCACUGAACAUUAUGCUUGCAUGGUUGAUCUUCUUGGGCGUGCGGGCCAGUUGGAUGAGGCCAUGCGUUUGAUCAACAAUAUGCCCCUAGAGGCGGAUGCCAUUGUUUGGGGUUCUCUCAUGGGUGCGUGUAGGAACCACAUGAAUUCUGACCUGGCAGAAAUUGCUGCUGAGAAACUUUUUCAACUCGAGCCUAAAAAUGCCGGCCCUUAUGUCUUGCUAUCGAAUAUUUCUGCCUCAAGAGGUAAAUGGGAGAAUGUUGCCCGACUGAGGAAAAACAUGAGGUCCAGGAAGGUGAAGAAGCCACCCGGCUGUAGCUGGAUUGAGAUCGAAAAAGAAGUACAUAUGUUCACUGGUGGAGAGAUGCAAACGCAUCGUGACCAUGCAGAGAUUGUUAGAAUGUGGGAGAAGCUAAGUGGGAUGUUAAGAGAAGCUGGUUAUAAUCCUGAUGGCGCCUUUGCUCUACAUGAUGUGGAGGAGGAAGAGAAGGCACAAAGCCUAAGGCAGCACAGUGAGAAGUUGGCUGUAGUGUAUGGACUUCUGAAGCUUCCUGAAGGGGUGCCUAUUCGUGUAAUGAAGAACCUAAGGGUUUGUGGGGAUUGCCAUGCGGCUAUUAAAUUAAUUGCGAAACUCACCGGGCGUGAAAUAAUUUUGAGAGAUGCAAAUAGGUUCCAUCAUUUCAAGGAUGGGUUGUGCUCUUGCAAGGACUACUGGUGA